UGUGAAGUAAUAAUAGAGCAAUCUUUCUUACAGUAAAAACCAAUGUGUGAAUUAUUUUAUAACAGUAAGUAAGUCAACAAUCUUUCUUAAGGAUUUAACAGUAAAAAAAAACUAUGUUUGCAUCUAGAUUUACAAAGAGACCUACAGGAGGACUAAACAGAAGUCUGUCCUCUGAUCAGAGUGAACAAACUCUCAGCACUAACAGGGUAUUUGGGAACAUGAGAUCAGGACGAUUAAAAAGUCUGCAAGACAGUGGCAAAGAACAGCAAGAUUCUACCAAUUCUAAUCAAUAUCAACAAUCUGUGUCAAGAAGAAAUACAGAGGUUACACGCUCUCAACGAUACACCUACAAUAGAAAGACUAAUGCAAGCGGGAUAUGGAAAAAGCAAUCUACUGUCCGACAAGCAGAUGUACAAGUAUUUCCCCCCAAAAAUUUACGAAAUGCUGAUAACAAACAGACAAAGCUUCAGCCAGCAGUUAUUGGAACAAAUACAUUUCAGCCACAGCCAAAACCUGCACAGGACACACAUUCUCCAAGAAAUGCUGCCGCAAAUAACCAGCGAAGAUUAUCUAAUGUCUCUGAACAACCUUCAGAGCUCAGUUCUUCUUUUUGCUAUGUAAAUCAAGGUAACCUUUCAAAAUCUACUGGUGUUGAAGACUUUAGACAAUCUGGAUAUUCAGUAUUUUCUCCAGAACCAAUUAUCGGUAAAACAGUGACAGAUUUCUGUGCAUACUGCCUUAACAAGCAGAAUUUCUCGGUAGCAACACAUCACUGCACCAACUGCGGACCAUGUGGACGUUACUUAUGCCAGAUAUGUUUGGGACCUCAUAAUGAGUUCACAGAAAACCACAAUGUCCAGUCCCUCUCUGGACAGUCCUUCAGGAAACAAAAUGAUGAAACCCAUCCCAAACAAGAGAAAGAACCAGAGAAGACGGUAGUUUUGAAUCAAGGAUCACAUCCAAAUUUUAUAAAAGAUGUGUCAGUGAAAACCCUAGAUGAUGACCAAUCAUGCCAGAUAACUGGAUUCUGCCAACUUCAAAAUGGAACAAUAGUUUUAACUGAAAUGAAUAACAAAUCUAUUAAAACUAUUGACUCUCAAAAUUACCAAGUGACAAAUACUCUGCGACUGCAAAACUAUCCAAUGGACAUAUGUUGUAUGGGUGAGAAAGAGGCGUUAGUUAUAUUGUAUAAAUCUACAAUACAGUAUAUAAGCAUAGACACUGAUGAUCACAUCAGUCUGACACAACAGAAGGUACUGGAACAUGACUGUAUAUGCCUUGCCUUUUGCAAUGGGAAAACUUAUGUUGGCAGCAGCAAAAGCCUCUAUAUCUAUGACGAAAACUGGACUGAACUUGACAAAAUCACAAAUGAAUUAUUUGGGGAUGAUAGGAUAUUCUCUGAUCAAUUCAGUAUUGCAGUUUCAGAUGAAGACGACAUCACAAAGAUCUACAUAGCAGAUGAAAAUAAUGGGAUGUACUCAAUUGAGAUCAUGGGACAUGAGAUCACUACAACAUGGAAAUUCAAGGACUGUAACACGUUUAAAGCCAGUGGCAUGUGUAUUAACAGUAGUGGUAACGUUCUACUGAGUGACAGAGGCUCAGAACGACUGAUCAAAAUGAAUGGAGAGGGGAUGAUACUAGGCAUUCUGCUGGACAGUAACAGUGGAAUUCAUUCACUUAACAUACCAUUCCAGGACAAGAUAAGCAAUAACUUGAUCAUAUCUCUAUCUGGGAAAGAUAUUUUCAAAGUGUUUGACUUUAAAUGACUGCUUGGUGCACUUAUGCGACAGAGUAUUUAAAAUUAACUACCUACUUAUCUCACAAUGGUAACGGGCUACAUUAUAUUUUUUACAUCUUUUACAGUUUUAAAACAGUAUUUAUUAAUGGUAUGUAUCAGUUGGAAUGGUCAGUACAAUAUUCGUAUCUGUACAGAAUGAUCGAAAUCUGAUGCAUCAUACAAUAUUUUCUUGUUUAGAAAUAAGUUUCACUGAGCCAGAGUACAAUGUAACACUUCUUGAAAUAACGUGUUAUCUCAAUCAGUAAAAAAUUCUGAUGAUUCCAGCAUUUAAAAAAAAAUCUUAACAUGAACUUGCAGGUAAAUUCCCAUCAGUGGGUGAUUAAAAAAAAAAUAAUUAUGAAAAAACAGUUUCCUUAAAUGGCACGCUUACUAUACAUAUUAUCAGCAUGUGCCUCCAAAGCUAAGCAGCUGAAAAAUACAUGAUCUUGUAAAAAAAAAACUGUCAGAGGAUCCCAACAGUUGAGACAGGCUUGUAUAAAUACACUAAACUGAUGGCUGGAAAAGGCUAUAAAAAUGCACUUUUUGGUUCCUUUUAAUAGUUCCAUAUUUUGAUCCAUACAACAACCUACUAUUUCAUUUAACAACGGAACAUAUAAUACUUGUAUUCAAUUUAUAUUGAGAGCCAGUACACAUCCGUAGUAUAUAUGCCUAAUUUAUGCUAAAGUUCACUAAAUUUAUCAUGUACACCAUCUGUCAUCUAAGGCUAAAUCUAUCAUACAAUGUCAGUUAUCUGGGCUAAAGUUUACUCAAUCUAUCAUAUGCAAGGUCAGAUAUCUUAGGCUAAAGAUUAUUCAAUAUAUAGAUCAUAUGUACACAGAUAUCUGAAAUAAAGUUCAUUAAAUCUAUCAUGUACAAAGUCAGAUAUCUGGGGCUAAAGUUCACCAAAUUUAACAUAAUUACAUACAGUCAGAUAUCUGGUGCUUAAGAUCACUAAAUUUAUCAUAAACACAGUCAGAUAUCUGGGGCUAAAUUCCACAUAAAUCUAUGAUAUACACAGUCAGAUAUCUGGGGCUAAAGUUCACAUAAAUCUAUGAUAUACACAGUCAGAUAUCUGGGGCUAAAGUUCACAUAAAUCUAUGAUAUACACAGUCAGAUAUCUGGGACUAAAGUUCACAUAAAUCUAUGAUAUACACAGUCAGAUAUCUGGGACUAAAGUUCACUUAAAUCUAUCAUAUACAUUGUAUGUAUAUAUGGGCUUAAGUACACUAACUUAAUUUAUCAAAUUAACUGUCAGAUAUCUAGGCUAAAUAUCACAAAAUCUAUGAUAAACAUGGUUAGAUAUCUGGGCUAAAAUUCAAUUAAUCUGUUAUAUUAUGCAAGGUCAGAUAUCUACGCUAAGUCGCUAAAUUUAUCAUAUUGAUCUAUAGCUUGCCAUAAUGAAAACCUAUCUUCUACAUGUAUACAUGGUCAGACAUAUGGGAGAUAUUAACAUCUAUUUCCUUCAUAUUCUACCUUUGUCAUGUGUCAAGUGGGUUAAACAUACAGAAAAUUUCGUGUUAGUGUCGCUUAGAAUCCUUCAUCAAGAAAAUAUGCUAAGCACUAGUUCCAUCACUUUUGCAUUUCUAAAAUACCUUCAAGUUUGGUAACUAAUGUAAUUUUUUAUAACUGACAAAGUAUGAAAUGUUUUAAGUAAUGCAAAUAUCGCUAGUGUUUUUAUAUUUUAAACAGUAAUUCUUAUGUACCUUACUGUGUAAUAAUUAACAAAUAUCUUGGGCA